GGACCGAACUUGUAUUUAUAAGUGAGAGAGAAUCAUAGAAACCAGAAGAACCAUUGAGAGAGAGAGAGAAAGAAUGGUAUUGUUGGACAAGCUUUGGGACGAUGUGUUAGCCGGACCACACCCUGACCGUGGUCUCGGCAAGCUCAGGAAGAUCAAAGAUGGGGAAGGAAGGGGGAGCAAGUAUCAAAGGUCAUUGUCGAUGCCGGCAAGUUCGUCUUCGUCGUCGACACCGACAACGCCGAUGACACCGGCAACACCGUCACCAACGGCGGCGCGUGCUAAAGACAACGUGUGGAGGAGCGUGUUCAACCCUGGUAGCAACCUUGCCACCAAGGGUAUUGGUUCUGAUGUCUUUGACAAGCCCCAGCCCAACUCUCCCACUGUCUAUGAUUGGCUCUACAGUGGGGAGACGAGGAGCAAGCAUCGCUGAGGUGAUGAAGGUUACCGGCGCGUGCAUGUAAAUAGCUUCCUUAUCCUUUCCUAUCCAGCGUCUGCCACGUGUCGUGGUUGUUGCUGGCUUAAAGGGUAUUAGGAUUGGUUACGUGUCCUACCUAACUAGUUUUUGUGAAUUUGAUGAGUAUGUUGUUUAUCACUGGUACGGUUAAUUAUGUUGUGAGAUUGAAUCCUACUGUGUAUGAUCAUCGGCCGAGCGGACGGUGGUGAUGAGUUACUUUUGUUAUUAUAAAUAAAUAAAAUGUUUUGUAUUGUGUUCUUUCUUCUCA